AUGUCCGUGGUUCGAACCCGACCUCUGCCUCUCGACUUCCCCUGUCUAGGCUUGGGCAACCUGGCAAUAUCCCAGCCCUCGUGCUUCCUUCGGGUGGCAUGGCAGCUAGGCACUGGAAGGGUGUUACAGCUGAGAGGCUUUUUUUACAAUUCCUUUUACUCAAUACGGCUUUCAGUGGAAACUUUGGAAAUCCGUUUAUUGGUCACCUCACCUCACCGCGACCAUGACCAAUGCAAGAAGGAUAGUUAUUGGGAGGUCGAUAAGUAUCGAGUUUUCACGCAGUCGACCGAUCCAGUUUCUAUCUUACCAGUGGUUAAGGCGCGAAAUUGCCUACUGGAAGGUCUGUGGUUCGAACCAAGCCCCAGGCAUCUCGACUGCUCCUGUCUAAGCCUAGGAAACCUGGCAGUAUCUCAGCCUUUGUGCUUACUUCAGGUGACAUGUCAGCAAAGUGCCGAAGUGAAUGCACGAAAGCAAGAAUUGCAUUUCCCGAGUCGCACCAUUUAUGGCGUUAAAAAGGCAUAUCACUGGGUCUCAAAAGACGCGUGCAUAAGACUUCAGUAG